AUGGAUGAAGUGGCAUUCUACGUAACCCAGGGUGAUCCAGAGGAUAAACACUCCAAGGAGUCGCUUGGAGCUGCCCAAUCUGUCCAUAAAUCACACACUUAUGCUUCGUUCAGAAACGCAGACUGCCCUCUUAAUGGUGCUGCUAUUACAGGCAUGGGCCGUGGAGAACGUCUAUUUGUUGCUGGAAAGAACAAGGCGCUUAUUUCAUGUUACUCUUGGGGCAAGGAAGGUGUCGACCAGAAGUUUCCUGUUCCUGAAGAUAUGUCUUGUUUGAGCAUUGCAGAGCAUCCACGAGUGGGCUCAGAAGAAGAAGAGAUCUAUGAAAAGCCUAAACAGCAUAUUCCAUGGUUACUCGCUGCCGGUUCGAAAACUGGUAAACUUUACAUUUGGGAAUUAGCUUCGGGAAACUUGCUUUGCGUGAAAGAUGCCCAUUACCAGGGCAUUACGUGUAUACGAUUCACUCACAACAGCACUUUCUGUGUUACUGGUGGUUUGGAUUCCCGUGUGACGGUAUGGCGAACGGCUGAUCUUGUGUCCUUUGACGAAACUCCAGCUAAACCAUGGGCAACCUUUUCUGAUCAUACUUUGGCUGUUACGGAUAUCUGCGUUUCAAACUCGCCAGCUCCUAAAGAUGUCAAGAUCUACUCUUCGUCUAGGGACUCUACAGUGAGAGUUUACAAUUUGGUUGCCAAGCGUCUGUUGGGCACAUUUGUGUUUUCUUCUCCAGUUGAGUGUAUUGCCAGGGACGAAGCUGACAGAGUUUUCUACGCUGGUCUUUCAAACGGUUCCAUCAGACAGGUUCCUUUGUACGUUGUGAACAAGGUUUCCAAUGCUCUCGAAGCAGUUCUUGGAACCGGAAAGAUUGUCACUGUGGCCGAAGAUCCAGAUGCCAGAGAGACUUUCGUGUACCAUCAAUCCGCAGCAGGCACUUAUCCUACGAGAAUCAGCAUAUCUCUUGACUCCAUGAGCAUUAUUUCUGCAGACACCAGUGGACAAGUGUUUGUGGGAGACGUCGUCACAAAACAAGUCAUCAAGGCGUUUACGCCAUGCAAAUCAGCAAUUGCAUUCCUUCAGGUUGAAGCACAUUCCGAUGAAUUGCUCAAGUCUCAGCAUACAUACGAGAAGAACCAGCGUCUUUUGCUGCCGUUAAAGAGAGUUGUAUUCUCUGGUGAACCUGACGAGCAUGUCGUACCAAUGGAGAUCUGUGCAAAGGUCAAGCCGCCGCAAAGCAUGAACGACUUCUUUGCUGAACUUGCAGAAGAAGAAAGAGAGUACAAGACAGAAAUGAGAGAACAAGCUGCUCAAGCAACCAAGGCCGAGAGCAAAGAACUGGACAAAAUCAAAGAGCUUGAAGAAAAGCUCGAAAAGGUGUCGGGAGCAUACAACUCGCUCAAGGGGAUGUACGACGACCUUUACAACGAAACGCAGAAGUAA